AUGACUGUUAACACUUGAACUGGUCGGCAGUCGGACAUCUUUCCCAGACAGAAGAAGAAGAAGUACUGGAAAGUGGAAGGAAGUUAAUUAAAAAUUUUAAAACGAUUACAUUCGCAGUGGAGAAAUUUUCAUCACCAUGGCAUCCAAAGGGAAGCAGUUGUUGGCUAUGGAAGACCAAAAUGGUAUUGCUGAAGCUGUAAAUGCACUUGCACCCAAGAAACGACCAGCAGAUACAUCCUUUAUGGCCCUUGCUGGACCAUCAGCUAAAGUCAAGAAAUGCUAUGGACCAUCUAAAGCUAAAGCUAAUGCUGCUCCUAAUAAGGCUUGUGCUGUUCCCGAAAGUGGAAAGAAAACCAUCCCAAUUGAUGUUGUAGGAAAGCUUGCCGAGUUUCUUGCAACCAUUAGGGGUCAAGAAGAAAGAGAUGAGGCUUACAACAAAAUGAAACUUGAAGAAGUCAAGAAAUAUUUGGACACCUUGAGCAGACCCAAUAUAAUGAAAGCAGUUCCUGAUUGUGUUCUGUCUGAAGAUGCCCCAAGCAUUUUAAAUUUGCUAUUGGAUGGAUUGGGGGAGAGUACGAAGCACGGCAAUAAAAUGGUGUUUGCGGUGAUGAAGGCCAUCGUCAAAAACAUGGGAGACAGUGAAGCUGUGCCAAAAGAAAAAUUCUCAAGCAUUCAUAAGGUUAUCUAUGUUCAUAAUCAAUGUCAACUGACUAUGAAGCAGCAUUUUGAAAUAAUUGGCCUGUUAUUUGCAUUGAGGCGUUAAUGUGCGCACUAUACUGCCGAAAAAUAAACUACGAGGUCAUUUUA